AUGUCUGGCGUUAUUAUCGACAAGGUUGAUGAUGACACUGCUGUUUUUAAAUUUGCUAAUGGUUCAUUGAAGGUAACUAUUAGACAAGGCGAUUUAAGUAAAGAAGCAUGUGAUGCUAUUGUUAAUCCAACUAACAAGUCAAUGACUCAUAAUGGAGGACUUGAUAGUAUAAUUCAUAAAACUAUGGGUCAAUAUUUUACUGAUCAAGUCGUAGCAAUUAAGAACAAAUUUGGUGAUAAUGCAUGUCCUGUUGGACAAUCACGUAUAUUUAUUGCAAAAUUUAAUCGAGAAGAAAAUAUUGCUCAUUAUGUUAUAAAUACAGUUGGACCACAUUAUAGAGAUGAUGAACGUGAACAAGCUGCUUUUCAUUUACAAUCAUGUUAUUAUACAUCAUUAGCAUUAGCUAAUCUUUAUACAUUAUCUUCGAUUGCUUAUCCAGCUAUAUCAUGUGGUGCAUUUAAAUUUCCUGCAAAUGAAGCAGCAAAAGUUGGUAUUGAAUCAGUCAGACAAUAUUCAUAUCAUGUUAAAGAUGUUCGAUUUGUUUUAUUUGAUCGUCCUGUAUUUGAUGCUUUUGUUCAUGAAUGGACUGAAUAUUCACAAAAAGUCAAUCGAGAAGCAAAUGUUAUAGAUGAUAGAGAUCGAUAUCAAUCACGAUCACCACCACCUAUACCACGACCAAGUUCAGUUCGUAUUUGUGUUCUUUGUAAAGAACGAACAUUACCAGUUGAUCGUCAACUUUUCUGUGAUGUUUGUUCGAAUUUAACACGUUCAGAAGUAUUUAAUAAAUUCUUACAACGAUUACGUAGUGCUGCUGAUAAAUCAUAUGAUGAUCUUCACAAAGAAUGUUUAAUAUUAAAACCAAUAUUACUAUCUUAUCCACUCGUAUAUACACCAGCUCAAACAUUUGAUCAAGGUAUUCAUACACGUGAUACAGUUGCUGAACAUUAUUUACAAAGUCAUUGUGAUAGAAAAUUUCGUAAUGCAAUGCCAGUAGCUAUUGUUGGUGAUGGUAAUUGUUUUUAUAAUACAUUUGUUAAAUUAGGUGGAGUAGGUGCAACAAAUGAAGCAUCUUCAUUUACACCUGUUGAACUUCGAGGUCGAAAUGCUGUUGAACUUAUUCUUAAUAAAGAUGAAUAUACAAAAAAAUAUAAAGCUUUAGAACCUAUACUUGAUAGUUUUGAAAAAUAUGUUGUUGAAGAAAUGGUACAUGAUACAACCUAUGUUACUGUUUGGGAUCUUCUUAGUAUACCAACUGUACUUAAUAUUAAUAUUACAAGUGUUUAUCCAAAAGUAAAUGGUGAUUCUGAUCUAAAUUAUCAACUACUUAAUGGUAAAUUAUAUGAACCAUUAGUACAUAAAGAUACUACAAAUAAGAAUCAACCAAUUAUACCUAUGACAAUAGUACCAAUUAAAGUUGUGAGAAUACUUUUUUCACAUUGCAAUAGACCAACUCAUAUUGGAACAAAAAAAGAAAAUUGGACACCGAAUCAUUACGUACCUCUUCUUAAUCUGAGAUAA